GGUCGCUACUUUCUAAACACUAAAGGACCUCAGACCUCAGCGCCGGUCACAUGACUGAAAGCUAAGAAUUGCUCAGUGGGUCGCUCAGCCAAUCCUGUGAGAGCAACAGCACAUGGCUAGUUGCUUCAACACCAAAUAUAAGCAGCUUUCUGACACUCACUUCGAUAUCAGUUUUUGAGAUCACCACUCAGAAAACAUGCCUGAAACCGUGAAAGCGCCCAAGAAGGGCUCAAAGAAAGCCGUCUCUAAGGCCACCAAGACCGGAAAGAAAAGGAGAAAGUCCAGGAAGGAGAGCUAUGCCAUCUACGUCUACAAAGUCCUGAAGCAGGUCCACCCCGACACCGGUAUCUCCUCCAAGGCUAUGGGCAUCAUGAACUCGUUCGUGAGCGACAUCUUUGAGCGCAUCGCCGGGGAGUCCUCCCGUCUGGCUCAAUACAACAAGCGCUCCACCAUCACCUCCAGGGAGAUCCAGACCGCUGUCCGCCUGCUGCUGCCCGGUGAGCUGGCUAAACACGCUGUGUCUGAGGGCACCAAGGCUGUGACCAAGUACACCAGCUCCAAGUAAACCCGCUGAUAACCAGCAACAACAAAACGGUCCUUUUAAGGGCCACACAACACUUCCUGAGAGCUGAAAUCCUGAUUGUCCUGUUAUAUCUAAUAAUUAAUAUUAUAUUGGGCUGUUCAAAAGUUUAUUGAAAUGAUCAUAUUUAUGCUAUAUGAUUCACUAUACCUCAUAGUUAUACUCCCCAAGUUAUUGAUGUUUGAGUAUGAAUGUAUAACACAUUUCCAGUUCUCUCCUUAAAUGCAACAUCAGGAAAGUGAAAUGUAGCAUCCCCAGCUGUGCUUAUUGUAAUAUCUACAUUUCAAUAAAGCCUGAUUGAAACGAAUUCAUCAGUCAGGCUACAUGUCAAUCUGGUCUAAGUCAAAUUUGUCUGUUGAAAGUCGUGUUAUUCAAUGCACUCCCUGAUAGUGGUCUGAAUUGUGACAAGUUGUAUUAACCCAAUGACUUCAUGCACAGAGCCCUGUCUUGAAAU